UACACGCAUAUAUAUAUAUGCGUUGAAGAGAGAGAGCGCGCGCGCGCGCCUUCUCGCUCGUCGUCGUCGUCGCCGCCGUCGUCGUGUCGUCGUUUCGUUUCGUUUCGUUUCGUCGUCGCGAGCGUUCGGCUUCUCGCCACGGCCCAUCUCACCGAGUCAUUCUCUUCUCGCGUGGACGUCUCGAGUUUUAUAACCUUAAAGGAGUAAGUGACGGUUUUAUGUAUAUCUCUUCUUGGUGUUUAUACAUUCGUGCGACGUGUCUCCCGAGGACUCAUAAAAUCGGUUUUUAAAUAGAAACUUUCUUAAUCGCGUGGUGUCCUUCUUACGUCGCUCGUGCGCUCGUCGUUGCGAGUCUGUGGAGAAAAAAAGAAGGAAAAAGAAGGAAAGUGCGUAGUAAUCGAUGUGAGGAAAGUCGAAGUCGACGAAUCCCCCGAGGCACCUCGCCGCCGUUGCGUGAGAAGGAGAGAGAACGAGCGAGAGAGAGAGAGAGAGAGAGAGAGAGAAUAGAUAGGGAGGGAGAAGGAAGAAGAGAGAGAGAGAGAGAGACGGAGCGAAGCACGGAACCGUAGGUGGGACAGAGAGGCCAACGCACCGACGACGAGCCGGGAAUUCGAUCGUGUUCGAAGCUCCGUCAGGGAGCUCCAGGGGUGGCAACGGUCUCGCUCGGAAGCGUCGAAGGUGGCGCGAGGGGUGGACGAGUCGGCGUUGGCCUGGCUCUGGUUCCGGUGGUAGCAGUAAAAGCAAGAAAAGCGGAAGCCGCGUUAGUAGUUGAGGCAAAAACUGUAGCAAGCUAUUCUCGGCCAGAGGUAGCAGCAACAGCAGCAGCAGCAGUAGCAGCAGAAGCAGUAAUAACAGGAGUAUUACUCGUGGAAAGGCUACUAGGAGUCGGCGGACUGGGAACGCUGAACGUUCAAGAAGAGAGUCAUCGUCGCAAGAAGGGACCUUCCUCGUCUUCUUCUUCUUCUAUUUUUUCUCUUCUUUUCCUUGCCCUUGUUUUCUUACCUUUUCACCUACCUCCACUUUCUCCUCCAACUCCGCUUCCACCUGCUCCUCCACCUCCUCCACCACCGCCUCUACCUCCUGUUACACCACCUCGUACCUCCAACGUUCAACGUAAAAAGCUUCACGGCGAGUUUCGAACUUCUUUCGAAGACGAACCAACACCGACGACGUGACACCGGCGUAAAGUCGGGCCAACAAGGCCCCCUCCCCCUCCCUCGUCGGAAAACAAGCAAAUUCGCGCGCCAAACGAGACAGUUAACUACCUGCUCUCGCUUGUUCUACAUCCAUCUUCCAAAUACAACGGACGUAUUCUGACCCUCUUAAACGGACUAUCGAGAAGUACAGAAAGUCGCAAACACGACGGGCACCAUGAACGAGCUCGACAGCCUUCGCCAGGAGGCGGAGACCCUCAAGAAUGCUAUUCGAGAUGCAAGAAAGGCUGCAUGUGACACGAGCUUGGACCAAGCGACGGCCGGCUUGGAACCAAUCGGUCGAAUACAAAUGCGUACGAGACGUACUUUGCGAGGUCACUUGGCCAAAAUCUAUGCUAUGCAUUGGGGAAGUGAUUCCAGGAACCUAGUCUCUGCCUCGCAAGACGGCAAGUUGAUCGUUUGGGACAGUUACACGACCAACAAGGUACAUGCCAUCCCUCUACGUUCCUCGUGGGUGAUGACCUGCGCGUAUGCACCGUCGGGUAGUUACGUGGCUUGCGGUGGCCUGGACAACAUAUGUUCCAUUUAUAGCCUUAAAACAAGAGAAGGAAAUGUACGGGUCAGCAGAGAAUUACCAGGACAUACCGGAUACUUGUCCUGUUGUCGAUUUUACGACGACAACCAAAUCGUCACUAGCUCGGGUGACAUGACCUGUGCUCUGUGGGACAUCGAGACCGGUCAACAAUGCACUUCGUUCAUCGGGCACACAGGAGACGUAAUGUCCCUCUCGCUGGCUCCCGAUACACGCACCUUCGUUUCCGGUGCGUGCGAUGCUAGCGCAAAACUUUGGGAUAUUCGUGAAGGGUCUUGCAAGCAGACUUUCCCUGGACACGAGAGUGACAUAAAUGCCGUUACGUUCUUCCCCAACGGAUAUGCUUUCGCGACGGGUUCAGAUGACGCUACUUGCAGACUCUUUGACAUUAGAGCGGAUCAAGAACUGGCGAUGUAUAGCCACGACAAUAUUAUUUGCGGUAUUACGAGUGUAGCUUUCAGCAAGAGCGGUAGAUUGUUGUUAGCUGGCUACGACGACUUCAAUUGCAACGUGUGGGAUUCCAUGAAAGCCGAGCGAGCUGGUAUACUUGCCGGGCAUGACAAUCGCGUGUCUUGUCUUGGAGUGACGGAAGAUGGUAUGGCGGUAGCAACAGGCUCUUGGGAUUCGUUCCUUCGCAUUUGGAACUAACUUGGGGCUCCCCCCAAGACGUUCCUCCAAAGAACCAACUGCAGCCAGUCCGCGUACAGUAUAAGCAUCAGAUACCACCAUCUUAUCACGGAGCAAGCCGGCGUGCCAGCAGUCGCGACAUCAUCGAUCAACGAACCACCGGGUACACCGGAGGUAAAGCUGAUCAGAAAUUUUGGAUAUCCGACGAGCAGCGGUAACGGAACCAAAUGCAACAACAACAACAACAACAAUAAUAAUAAUAACAACAACAACAACAACAACAACAACAAUAACAACAACCACAGUAACAACAAUAAUGGCACAAAGAAGAAGCACAAGAAUUGCAGCAAUAGCAGUAGCAGCAGCAGCAGCAGCAGCAACAGCAACAGUAGUAGCAGCAGCAGCAGCGACUCUAAGAACGUUUUGGGUUGUGGUGGUAAAAAAGACUACCGUAGACGCAUAGUCGUCGACUUAACCUGGCGACGCGGCAAAGUCGGCGACAAGGUUACCCGCGAGUAUCAACGCUUCUAAGUCAAACAAUUAUUAUCGUUCGGAUGCCGAAUUUGAGAUAUAAAUGAGAAGAUAGAAGAAGAAGGGAGAUGAAGAAGAGGAAGAAGAAGAGGAAGAAGA